AUGUAUGGGGAGACUUCGCGGAACGUGUCUCGCUCGACCGCGGAUUCAUCAGUCCACACGUUGAACAGCGUCGACCCUCCGACCGAGCCCUCGUUGUCAGACGACCGCUCAGUCUACACCACGCAUACGAGUUUCUCCAGCUACGCAAGCUCAUCGUCAUAUGCUGCGGAGCCCUGUUUCACGGUUGCCGACUGCCAUGACGCCCACGCACCAAGCCACUCCCGGCCAGAAAUAUGCACCCCUACUCCUGAUGACUCAGGCGUCUUGUGCAUGUACAUGCAAACUCCGAAGAAGAACACCAGACUUUUACCAAGUCUAGCACCUCCGUUGGAUCUUAGCCAUGGCUCGAUCGUACAGAAGCCUUUGCCACCCAUCCCCGCCGCAUCCUCGCGCCAACUCGGCGGCUCCGACAGGCGCGUAUCCACCGUUGCUCCCCUGCCCGAGCCAGGCCACAUCAGGAAGACGUCGGCUCGCUAUCGCUGCGACCCCCCAGAGCCCACGAGCCGGUGCGCCACGCCUUUGUCGCCUUCCUCGAGGCCCUCUAGCACCAGAAGCAGAAGCUCUUCAUAUACACAGGAGUCGGCGGAGGGAGGUCGGAAAAGGGCUGCGUCGUAUAGUCUCUUCCCCCGGACGCCCUCGACGGGGCAGCAGAAGCUGCCUAUAAACGGCAUGCCUUCACCGCCCGCGACUGGGACCGUUACCACGACCCCGUGCAGUCCGCGAUGCACGAGCACAUCAACAGACGCGGGGAGAGGGAACUUGACUCGUUCACCGCCGCCGCCGCCUCCACCACCACCGUCGCGAGACCCGAGGAGAAAUGGCAAGGUCCUAUCCUUAGGCACGAGCCUCGCUCCAGGCCCGACUGAAGAGCUUCAAGCUCCACAAAUCCCUUCUACUGGAGGGGAAUUCAGCCACCGACCCCCGCUGAGAGUAGCAGGGACACCCGGCCAGUCUGUACUCCAGCGGCAGAAGAGCAUGCCUUGUCUAGUCCGUCCCUGGACCCCGUCGUCAGGACCUCCUCCCACCGACCCUCUUCCGGCCUUGCCUCCAGUGGCCUCGGGUUGUUUACCACUGCCUCAAGGACACCACGAGAGAAUGAAUCCAUGA